GUAGCUUUGUGGAAAGUCUGUUUUACAUACAGCUCAGACAAUAUUUUAAUAGCUAGGAUAGUUCACACAAAGAGUCAACUCACUAGAUGUUGACUAAUAAACAUAAUCUGAUGUCUAAUAAGCAAAUUUCUUGCAUCCCAUCGCAGACAAAAUGCAAAUGUCCACAUACAAGUCUGACCGUGACCCUGUGGCGGUGAUAAAAGGUUGCUUUCAUACAAGCGGAUGGAACAGAAGCAGUUCAGAAAGUGACCAAUAAACGAGGCUUAUUGUGGACAUGCAGACAUGCGGCAAACCCCUCAGUUAGAAAUCUCCUGCCAAAGUUACAAGUAUAACCUGCUCUGACAGAUAUUAUUUUAUUCUCUAUUGUUUUUUUUGUUUGUUUUUUCAGGCGGAGGACAACUUUGCACAGACCGUCGUCAUUCCUACUUUGAUUUUUUGUUGUUAGUGCGCUUUCAGACAUGCUGCAGUGUCUGCUGCUCAUCGGUUUGAUUGGGAGGCUGUGCGUGUCCCAGCAGACGACAGCUCAGUGUAACACUGAAACUGUAGAUCUAACAAACUCCAAAUCCUCUCAGUCUUCAACUUACUCUUCUGACGACUUCAGCUCUGCCAAAGCCACUGAUGGAAAUCAGUCGUCAUGUUCAAACACUCGAGAAUUUCUUGAUUCCUGGUGGAGCGUUGAUCUGCAGGGUGUUUACAAAAUUUCCUGCAUCUCAAUAUACAACAAGAGAGCUGACCAUUCUGAUAUAUCUGGGGCGAAGAUCUACAUUGGGAACUUUCCACAGAACAACAGCGUCAACAACAAGCUGGUUUAUAACAUCACCAACUUCAAUAUCGACCAAAACAAUCUCUGCUCAUUUGAUCCGGUGCUGGGGCGUUAUGUGACCAUCAUGCCAGCAAAACCUUUAGUCCUAUGUGAAGUGAACGUCACAGGCAAACAGAUAGAAUCUCCCUUUAAAUUGAUUGACCAAAACAUGACCUGGGAAGAAGCCCUGUACUACUGCAGAGAUAACCACAGAGAUCUGGCCUCCAUCUUGGAUGAACAGAUGCAGACCUUCGCUGAGCUGGAGGCUGAGAAAGCCAACAGUCCCUUCGUCUGGAUCGGACUUCGCUACACCUGCACUCUGGACUUCUGGUUCUGGGUUGAUGACAACGUUGUAAAGUUUAAACGCUGGGGUACGGAUGGUUAUAAAGAAGACUGUGACAUGAGUGGAGGCAUGGAGAAAGAAGGAGACCAUCGCUGGUUCAGCAAGUCUGACGAUGAAGAGUUUAAUUUUAUCUGUGCAUCAUAAACAACCAACUGUAAUGUGUGAACAUAAUAAACCCGCUUUAGUAGCGGGUUUAUUAUAUUCUGGUAAUCAUAAAUAAGAUAUUACAUUUACUCAGUUACAUUUGCAUAAUAUGUUAUGAUCAGUCACUCAGAACUUGAGUAGCCUUCUUAUCAAGUAACUCUAAGCCUUUAAACUAGUCUUUGAAUGAAUAUUUUUACUUUAGUAAUGUCUUGCAGUUCUGCUGCUCUUACUUCUUUACAACCUGUAAUGUUUCUAUGCUAACAUCAAAAUCACCUUUGUAUGUCAGAAUUUAUUAAAGAAACACUGAUAAUUUUGUGCUGACUUGCGGAAUGAAGAAGCAUUUUAUUUUGUCUUCAUAUGCAUUCUACUUUAUAAGUCCAGUUUCUUUUUUUUUCUUGGGAUUAGCAAAACAAUGACUUGAGCCCACUCUGUCAAAAUGACAAGUUUGAUAUCGAAUCAAUUAUUUCAUUUAAGUUGUACACCAUUUUUAACGUGUUGCGAUUUAUAGACAUUAUAAACUUACUUGAUUAGC